CCACCGGGUCCUUCCCUCAGUGAACUGUUUCCUUUGUUCCCUCAGGACCAAGUAGAUCACUUGCUGGCUCUGAAGGUACGAGUGAGUUCCCUGAACUCUAAACUCUCAGCACAGGAGAAAAAGGAGCUGCUCUCUGAUCUAGAGCGAGAAAAGCCAGAGACCAAACUUCUGUACAUUACGCCAGAGAUGGCGGCUUCGGCCUCUUUCCAGCCCACGCUGAACUCACUGGUGUCCCGUCACCUGCUCUCCUACCUGGUGGUGGACGAAGCUCAUUGUGUUUCUCAGUGGGGGCACGACUUCCGUCCUGACUACUUGCGUCUGGGUACCCUCCGUUCCCGCCUGGCGCAUGCCCCGUGUGUAGCUCUGACUGCCACAGCCACCCCGCAAGUCCGAGAGGAUGUAUUUGCUGCCCUGCACCUGAAGCCGCCAGUUGCCACCUUCAAGACUCCCUGCUUUCGGGCCAACCUGUUCUAUGACGUGCAGUUCAAAGAGCUGCUUUCUGAUCCCUACGGGAACCUGCGGGACUUCUGCCUUAAGGCUCUUGGACAGAAAGCUGGUAAAGGGUUGCUGUCCGGCUGCGGCAUUGUCUACUGCAGGACCAGAGAGGCUUGCGAACAGCUGGCCACGGAGCUCAGUUACAGGGGACUGAGUGCCAAGGCUUACCAUGCAGGGCUGAAGGCUUCCGAAAGAACACUGGUGCAGAAUGAGUGGAUGGAGGAGAAGGUCCCUGUCAUUGUUGCAACCAUUAGUUUUGGGAUGGGAGUGGACAAAGCCAAUGUCAGGUUUGUCGCUCACUGGAAUAUUGCCAAGUCUAUGGCUGGGUACUACCAAGAGUCUGGCCGGGCAGGCAGGGACGGGAAGCCUUCCUGGUGCCGUCUCUAUUACUCCAGGAACGACCGGGACCAAGUCAGUUUCCUGAUCAGGAAGGAAGUAGCAAAACUCCAGGAAAAGAGAGGGAACAAAGCGUCUGAUAAAGCUGCUAUCCUGGCCUUUGAUGCCCUGGUGACCUUCUGUGAAGAACUGGGGUGA